AUGCAGUAUGAUCGUUUCGAUACAUCUGUGAUCUGUCACAGUGUUAGAGCGAACAAGGCGAAGUCAGUUAACUCAUCGAAGAAUGAUUUCCGAAUUCGUGGCGCCAGCAAUGAUCACGUUUCGAACGAAGUGAUUGCCAAAACCGAGGUUGACCAUUCGAAUACGUCGCCUAGCUUCACUUCACUUGACAACCACAUGGACUCUAAACUGAAUGGUAGUGCACAGUCCGCUUCACACUCAGGAACAGUUCCUUUUUACAAUCCCUACGAAGAUCACAGCUCUAUGACAGUCAUGGAGCCCAGGGCUUUGGAUAGUUUUAACAACUUCGACGGCUGUCAUACUGAUACC